AAAACUAGGUUUUUAUAUCGAAUAAUCAUUCUAGUGAAAACUUCCACUAAGAACAAAUCAAAAUGGCAUUUAAAGUUGUGAUCGUCUGCGCUUUUGCUCUCCUUGUCCAGACCAUCUCCGGUCAGAGUUGCGGCUGCUCAUGUGGCAGCUCUAAGGGCUCCAUCGGCUACGGCUCCAGCAGCUCCGUCAGCGCCAACUCCAUCUCCAUCCAGAAUAGCGGCGGCGACCUCCUCGUUAGCAGCGUCGGCCCCAUCUCCCCCUCCGGCAUCGCCGUCUCCUCUGACCUCAACCUGAACGGAGACUUGAAAGUCAACGGUGAACUGCCGUUCCUGAGCGCCGUGAAGUUCUCUGGCGAAUACGACACUAAAGGGUCUGGCUGCGUGGACUACAGCUGCGGCACCUGCGGGAACGUGGCCAUCACCAGCGUGCAGGGCGGCGGCUCCGGCUGCGGCUGCGGCUCCAAAUACUAAGAGCACGUAUAUCGACGGGUGACUCGAAAAU